GCCCCGGGGCUGAGCGAUCCCCAAGCCCCAGCAGGCAGCGAACCGAGGCGUGGGGAAGAGCGAGCCCGGCCGUCCCGGGUGGCCGCUCCGCGCCGUUGCUCACGCCCAGCAGACGCGGAGCACCUGCGGCUUCCGCGCCACACGGGCAGUCAGCACCUCUGCCGCGGGCGGGUGGAAGCUGGAGGCUCCGCGGGGCAGCGCGCAACCUGUGCGGGUUCCCCACCAGCCCUCCCCGCCGCAGCCACCCUUUGUACCGGCCCCGCGGAGCGGAGUCCCCGCCGCAUGGCGCGGCGGGCGGGCGCGCUGUGCCUGUGCGCGGCGGCGGUGCUGUGCGCGGCGGCGGUGCUGUGCGCGGCGGCGGAGCUGCGCCUGACCCUGCUGCACACCAACGAUGUCCACGGGCGUGUGGAGGCGCAGGGCGCGGGAGCGCGGGGCUGCGCGGGCGCGGAGCGGGCCGCCGGCUGCUUCGGCGGCGUGGCGCGGAGAGCGGCGCUGGUGGCGGCGGAGCGGGCCUCGCACCGGAACGUGCUGCUGCUGGACGCCGGGGACCAGUACCAGGGCACGGUGUGGUUCUCCCGCUUCAAGGGCUGGGAGGCGGUCCACUUCAUGAACCUCCUGCGCUACGAUGCCAUGGCUUUGGGGAACCAUGAGUUCGAUGAAGGUGUGAGGGGAUUAUUGGAUCCUUUCCUUAAAAAUGCCAAUUUUACAGUUUUGAGUGCCAACAUCAAGGGAAAAACCCCAUUAGGGAAUGAAAUGAUGAAAUAUGUUAAUCCUUUUAAAAUAGUACAUGUCGACUCAGAACCAGUAGGAAUUGUUGGCUACACUACAAAGGAGACUUCUUUUCUUUCACAGCCAGGGGAUGAUGUUAUCUUUGAAGAUGAAAUUGAAGCUUUGCAAGUACAAGUGAAUGAACUUACUGCUCUGGGAGUGAACAAAAUAAUUGCACUAGGACAUUCUGGUUUCACUGUGGACAAAAAUAUUGCCCAAAAGGUGAAAGGAGUGGAUGUUGUAAUUGGAGGACAUACAAACACAUUUCUCUAUACAGGCACCCCACCCUCCACUGAACAGCCAGCUGGCCCGUACCCAUUCAUGGUUGACUCAGAUGAUGGGAGGAAGGUGCCAGUGGUGCAAGCUUACGCUUAUGGAAAGUAUCUUGGUUACUUAAAUGUUACAUUUGACAAGAAAGGAAAUGUAGUUGAAGCAGUUGGAAACCCCAUUCUGUUGGACAGCAGUGUUCCUGAAGAUGAGCACAUUAAAGAAGAAGUGGAAAAAUGGAAGAAAAAUCUGGGGAAUUAUUCUACAGAGAUUGGAAAAACUAGUGUUUACCUGAAUGGUACAAGCCAAGCGUGCCGUUUCCAGGAAUGUAACAUGGGAAAUUUGCUCUGUGAUGCUGCGCUUUAUGAGAACAUUGGACGUCCAGAUAAAAAGUCAUGGAACCACGUUUCAAUGUGCAUCCUGAAUGGAGGUGGGAUACGGUCACCCAUUGAUGAACAGAGCACUAACGGUAGCAUUACUGUGGGAGAUUUGCUGUCUGUUUUGCCAUUUGGAGGUCGUUUUGAUUUGGUGAGGGUAAAAGGCUCCACUCUGAAAGAAGCUUUUGAGCACAGUGUGCACAGAUAUGGAAAAGGAAGUGGAGAGCUGCUGCAGGUUGGAGGCAUCCACGUGGUCUAUGAUCUCUCCAGAGCCCCGGGAAGCAGAGUUGUUACCUUAGAAGUGCUCUGCACAGCCUGCCGUGUCCCAGCCUAUGUCCCACUCCAGAUGGACCAAAUAUAUAAUGUGACUCUUCCAUCCUAUAUGUUAUUUGGAGGCGAUGGCUAUCAUAUGCUCAAAGACAAAAAUCUGGGAUACAGUAAAGGUGAACCUGAUAUUGAAGUUGUUACCCGUUACCUCCAGCGAAUGAAGAGAGUUUACCCAGCAGUUGAAGGCCGAAUAAAGUUUUCUUCUGGAAGUCUUAUUGAAGCAAGUCUUACCCUGAUUUUUGUAUUGUUCACUGUAACGUUCUUGCAUACUUGAUUUUUGCUUGCCAUGUUUCCAUUUAGAGUGAGAAAGGCAGGCAGAGAGAUGAUGCCAACAAAGGGGAAAAAGAACUGUUCCCUUUUCUUAAACCUUAAAAUGAAUGUGUGUUGAGGUUUCUGCUUGUCAACAGUAAACAGCACAAGCCAUUGUCUUUAAUCUGGUAGAGGCUUUGAAGCAUGUGGUGCAGAACGAGAGGGCAGAAUUCAUAACUUCUCUUAGUUUGAAUUUGCAGGUACCCUGCAAUUCAGUUUUGAAGUUUCAAGGAGCAAAGUUCCAGGGAAUACUCAUGCUUCAUUGUAAAACAACCACUGACCAAAAUCGGAUGUUUUUAACUUGUAAUUUUUUUAGCUACUUUAGAUAAUGAGUUAAGAAUUUGGUUCCAGUAAUGUAAACAAGCUUUUAAAUCUCCACUCAGGGUUAAAGCUCUCAGUCUGCUAUUUCUACUUUGCUUCCAGUCAUACAUGUUGUAGAGCUAGAUUAAACUCAGUGUCAUUAAAAGCAUGGGGUCCAUUCACAUGCAACUGAAAAAAGGUUUUCCAAUUUUCCUUUUGAAGAUGCAGCAUCUCACAUUUUCCAUUAAUAAAUAAUGCAAUGAAGGCUUGAUUUGAUUUGCAUCAAUUUAAAUGAACUAUAUACUUCAGUGUAUAAUAUGACCAGUUUGGAGACUGUAUCCAAGUGAGAACACCAUCUGUGAUUAUGGUGCAUCCUUAUAUGAAAAAGUUUACACCUUUCUCUAAAGACAAAAGCACAGGACUCUGCAUCAGCAGCAUUCAGAGAGAAUGUCACAUAUGUGUAUCAGCUCCUUUGAAAGUAGCCCAGUAACAGGGCUUUUUACAGCAGAACCUAGCUUUAUGACACUUGUGAUCAUAACUCAAAAGCCUGUCUCAUCUAUGGCAAGACUGUGUUUGAGAAACACAGUUCUGAGAGAUGGGCUAAUGAGUAAUGGAGCUUUGAGCAACCUGGUCUAGUGGAAGGCACCCCUGCCCAUAGCAGGGGGGUUGGAACUAGAAUGCUCUUUAGGGUCCAACACAAACCAUUCUGACUCUGUAAGUAUAAAGUCAGAAAUCAGAUUAAAUGCUAAGUGACAUUUCUGGCACUUCAUCCAGAAGUGACUGCUUAUAAUAUAAUGCAAACAAUGAUUAUUUUUAUAAGAUCAUUCACAUUGGAAUUUUCACAUCAUAUUUCCAUGUUGUUUAUUGCUGAAUUAAACCGAUUAUGAGUGUUCUGAAUAGCCUUGCUGUGUUCUUCUGGGAACUGCACUACACUUUUGCAGACUAAAGCUACUCACUUCUUAAAUUCACUGCACCAAUGGAUUUCCAGGAGAAGGUACAUCACAAUAAACAGUCAGUAUGUAUAAAUUUCAAGACCUCAUGAGUUUCCACAUAAAUUCAAGGGUUGUGCAUGAAAAGAUCUGAACUACGCACCUGCAUUAGGUAAGUUGUUUAUCUCACCCUGUUCUGACAACAGCUGACCUUGACACACUACUUAUAACAUGGCAUUGAUGAUUUGUCAAUACCAGCCCCUGAAGUUACUAAUUUACAGAAUGGUCUUCCCCAAAUCAACAUAAAGCCAGUAACAGGGAGUGCACUUACAGACAGAACCAUACCCACCAGCCCUUUUUUAAAGAGCUGUAACAAGUACUUUGGCAUAUCCAGAGAAAAAGAACACUUUUACCUCCUUUUGACAAACAGAAGGAAAAAGUAAGCAAAAGUCAUACAGAGAGCUAAUGCAAAUUGUAUUGACAACACCAGUAUUGCAUCAGAGUUUGCAAAAAGGGAGAAAAUGGGCAUUGUCUGAAAAGAAAAAUUGAGUAAUUCUUUUUAAAGUAUCUGUAUUGUUCUGUGAGUAAAACUUCUUAAUUAUCCAUGCAUGAAAGUCCUUUUCAGAUUCUCUUUUAUAAAGGCUUGGCCAACAAAUUAAGAUGUAUAGGAAUUUUUUUCCACACAUUUUUAUACCACUACCUGUUUAGAGAAUGCUAGGGAUGGGGCUUGCAUCCUCUCUUCUAAGCCUGUUAAGAGGAUGAAAAAAACCCAACAAAACCAGAUAAGAAAUUGCAGAUAAAUAAAGGCUAAAAUAAAAGUCAACUCCACUUUUCACACCCAUUAUUACUUUAAGAAUGCUUUAGAUUUGAAGUUCAGGUAUUAAACUAAAUUACACAUAUGAUAUUCCUUGCUCACAGAAAGCAUAAAGGCCAAAGAUAGUUCUGAGAUGAUUUAUGUGCAGUAGAACCAAUCAUGUAAUUUUGUUUAAGAGAAAAGUAAGAUUUGUUAAGACAGUUAAAAAUAAGUUCUUGAGACCAUCCUACAACUUAUUCUAAACAUUUUUUUCUAUGUAUUCUUGAAGGAAAACCACUGCAAUUGCUCUUUUAGCAAAGCAUAUGUUGGCUGAUCUCCCAGCUGUCUUAUGUCAUCCUGUCAUUUCACAUGAAGAGAUUUUGAGGAAAUGAAUUUGACUUUUACUGGUAACAGCUAAAUGAAGUUUUAAAUGAAAAAGUACAGAUAUAGUAUUUACCUGUAAUUGGUAUUAACCUUUAAUGUC